CUGAUGUUGUUUUGUAACCUGUGUUGCAAGAACAACUUUGUGGGUCGGCUUGCUAGUACUUUUAGCAACGAACAAAUUCAGCCCACCAAGAUAAAAAAACAUCAUGAAAAAUUACUCCUUGUCGACUAUACUUUCUCUUCUACUAAUUAUGCUCAUCCUUGAUUCAAAAGCUGUCACUCUCUCGAGCUCAUGUCAAUCCGAAUCAUGCGGAAAUGUAAAGAUCCCGUACCCCUUUGGAAUCCAAGAAGGCUGCUAUCUCAGCGACUGGUACAGAAUCGAAUGCAGAAGCACCACUUUCCCGUUCCUUUCCAAGACGGGCAUAGAAGUUGUGAAUAUCUCUUUCUCAGGUGACGGAAAGGGCUAUUACACUUCCACCAGGUCAUUCGGAUCGAUACGUAUCAAAAGCCCAAUAGCAUCCGUUGGAUGUUCCAGAGAUGGAAAAGAGUCUGGAUCGGUUUUGAAUCUGACGGAUAGCCCUUUCAUAUUUGGGAGAGGAAACAGCCUCGUAGCGGUUGGUUGCGACGGCAAGGCGUCCUUGACUAACAUCGAGCCGAAUAACUUGGAAUGCAAGUUGAAUUGCACUGCAAGCAAAGAGAGUUUACCUAGAAAAAGCAUCCCCUUUUUGGACGGAACCGGCUGUUCCAACGAUGGGUUGCCUUAUGCUUACAGGCCGGUUUGUACAAAGGACAUGGGGGAGGAAGACAGAAGCUGCGAUGGUAAUAGAUGCUGCCAAGCAAGUUUACCGGAGGAUGCUGAGGCUCACCAGGUGGUCGGUGUUAGGAUAGAGAGCCCUGAUCAUGGAAACUCGACAAGCCGAGAAUGCAGAGUCGCUUUCUUAACCGAUGAAGUCUACACUUUAUCGAAUGCAACCAAUCCACAAAGCUUUUACGCUAAAGGGUAUGCUACAGCUACGAUAGGAUGGGUCCUUCAGACGAAUAAUCUUUCCUUCAUAAACUCGUUGAGCUGCAAAACCUUUGAAGAGUACAUUAACAUUACAUAUACUGAUCAAUUCAAAACAAGUUGCAUGUGCUACAAUACCACCAUUUCUGGGACCAGUUAUGCAAAUUGUGCAUGCAAUCAAGGUUAUAGAGGCAACCCACACCUCUUUAACGGAUGCACAGAUAUAAAUGAGUGCCUACAAAAACCCAGUUCUGAUGGAAGUCGCAGCUGGCACUGUGGAGUUGGUACAGGUUUUGGGAUUUUACUCCUAGCUGGUGGAAUCUGGUUUCUGAGAAAGUAUCUUAAGAAGAGAAAGGUGACUCAGAGUAAAAAGAAGUUCUACAAACGUAACGGUGGACUAUUGUUGGAACAACAACUCAAUACAAGAGAAGGCAACGUUGACAAGACAAAACUAUUCAGCUCGAGGGAGCUUGCAAAAGCCACUGAAAACUUCAGCGAUAACAGGAUUCUUGGACAGGGUGGCCAAGGCACUGUAUACAAGGGGAUGCUUGUAGAUGGUAAAACUGUUGCGGUCAAGAAAUCCAAAGCUGUAGAUGAAGACAAACUAGAGGAGUUCAUCAACGAGGUCGUCAUUCUCUCCGAGGUCAACCAUCGACAUGUCGUCAAGCUCUUGGGAUGUUGUCUUGAGACCGAAGUUCCCAUUUUGGUUUACGAGUUUAUCCCCAAUGGUAACCUUUUCCAGCACAUCCAUGAAGAGUCUGAUGAUUACACGAUGAUCUGGGGCCUUAUUACAGGAGAGAAGCCUGUAGUAACCCUUUCAGAUUCUCAGGAAAUAAGAGGCUUGGCCGAUCAUUUCAGAGCUGCCAUGAAAGAGAACAAGUUCUUUGAUAUCAUGGAUGCUCGAAUAAGAGAUGCUUGCAAACCGGAACAGGUGGUGGCAGUGGCAAAUCUAGCAAGGAGGUGUUUAAAUUCCAAGGGAAAGAAGCGGCCAUAUAUGAGACAAGUGUUUACAGAGUUAGAGAAGAUAGGCUCAUCUCCGGAGGAUUCAUUGGUAGAGAUUGAAAACGGCGAUGGUGAUGAUGAAGAGGAAGAAGGAAUGAAUAUGUUAGAGAUAACUGAUUCAUGGACCAUUGGUGUUACUGCGCCAGCCCCUAGUACUGUCGCUUCUUCAUCUUUGACAGAUGUUAAACCAUUGUUUCCUCGUCCUACAUGGUGA